AUGGCCAGCUCCGAGGAGCCCGGGCCCUUCCUGACCAAGGGGGCAGAAGGCAGCCGGGAGAAAGCCAUGGCUGUGCGGUCGGUGCUGCUGAGGAGGGACUCCCCGGGUGCGGAGGGCCGCCUGCCGCGCCGCCACCACCGGCCCCACCAGGUGCGCUUCAAGGACUUGGUGGAUGGCAGCUCUGGUGAGGAGCCCCCCCUGCCUGCCCAGACCCCGUGUGCCUCGAGACCCCUGGAGAGGGGGGCCGCCAACCCUGCCCGGUGCAGCUGGCCCCAGGCAAAGCCCUGCUUGCUCCCCCUGCCCUCUUGGCCCCAGAGAGGUGCCAGCACUGCCAUCCAGACCUGGCCUGGCCUGCAACAGCCAUUGGAAGGGUGCCCUUUGCCCAGCCAGGCACCCUGGGCCUCUGCCCAUGAGCCCCUGGGGCGCUCCCCUGGGGGCCUGGGCCAGGAUCUGCCCCCGUGGGGCUCCUCCACCAGCCUUUCUGCACACAGCCCGUGCCCUGCCUCCUCCCAAGCCCACAGGGGCCCCAGCCCUCCUGCCGCUCUGUGCCCUGCCCUGCCGCCAGCACCUCCACCUGGCCCUGGCCAGUCGUACCUGGGGCGGGUACCGUGCCUCCCUGCUGGGUGGGAUCCUCCCUCCCAGCAGACGCCCCGGGUGGCCAGCCCACAACUCCCUCCCAGCCCCCCGAGAAAGGGCAUCAGUGUCAGCCCUGAAACCCUCCGCCCGAGGCCGCCUGCCCUCCUGCCACCGCCGCUGCCGCCAGGUGGCGCUGUAGGGGGCAGACCUUCCCCUCACCUUCUUGCUCAGGGUUCCCCCCGGAAGGAGACUGGCCUCGGACCCCCACCCCAGCUGACGGACAGGGACCCCUCUGUGCCUGGGGGAUCCGUGGGGACCACAGCCUCCCCCCAGAGCCUCCAGGCAGAGGCCGCUGCUGCCCUCUGGCGGGGGCAAGCACCCUGCCCCCCUGGGGAGAAGAGCCUGCCCCCUCCCGGGUAUCCCCUCUUGGUGAGGCCCACCCUCUCCAGGGCCUGCCUUACCCCCAAGCGAGCGGCGUCUCCGCAGCAAGUCCAGGACCUCCUGCCACUGGUGGCUGUGGAGCAAGCACAGCGGCCGGGGACCCAAAAGGCCAUGGAGAGGCUGCCCCCGACCGACCAGGAGCUCCCCCGGGAGACGGGAGACCUCCAGUCCCGGCUGCAUUCCCUGGAAGGGGUGCUGGAGACCAGCCAGGAGGCCAUCAAGGUUCUCCUGGAUGUCAUCCAAGACCUGGAAAAGAAGGAAGCCCAGCGGGACGGGAGGCAAUCCUAUCGAACAGGGCAAGACAUCCUCAACUGUGGGAGGUGCCGAGAGUGCGCGUGUGUCAUUUACAGCGUGGAACACGAUUUCCGGCAGCAGGAAGGGCGUUUUCGGCAAGUGCUGAGCACCAUUGAGGUGCAGCCGGGUCGGACGCCCCCCACAGAGGGACAGGCCACCACGCAGAGCCACCACAAGCUGCCACCAGCACCAAGGCUCCCGGUGAGAGCGGAGCCCAAGAAGUCGAGGCGGAAGUGCUUCUUCUGGUUCUUGUGACGUGGCGCCCCGUAGAGUGGCCCAGAGGGAAGACUUUGUGAGCUAGCUCUCCCCACUCCAGCCAAAGCCACGGAGCCACAGGUUUGAUUGCACCAGCAAUUUUUAUUAUUACAGUAUUUUAUUUACAACUGUUUACAUGCAGAGCUCCUGCGGAGAAGAAGAAGAAGUGCCCCCUCCACCUAAGGAAGUCUCAAUAA